AUGCCAUCAUCCCGUGUCAUGACCAGACCACCAGAAUUUUGUCCAAAUUGUGCUAGCUACUUGACCAUUGCACCCCGUCCCACUGGUUCAGCCAGGAGAUUUCGAAACUACUUUACUUGCCGAGCAUGCCCUUAUAUCUGUCCUGUGUCAGAGAAUGAAUCUUCCGGUGAUGAAUCCUCUGGCAAUGAGGCUGCUGGUAACAAUACCGCCGAUGAUGAACGUGCCGCCAAUGAAUCUGCCGUUAAGCCUGUCACCAAGAAGCCUGCCGUUAAGGAGCCUGCCGCUAAGGAGCCUGUCACCAAGAAGCCUGCCGUUAAGGGGACUCUCCAAUAA